AUGAACAACUCUCACCGAGGGUUACCACCGUUACCUGCUGGUCUCCCUGGUAGUCUCAGUCUUCCCCCUCCAGAGCGAGGGCAUUCUACUGUUCCUCCACUCGGCCACCUCCCGGCUCCGCCCUCUCAAUGGGCUGGCCAGGAUGAGUCGAUGCGAAGUUGGCUCCAUGCAAAGGCUGAGGAAGAUCGCCGGAAGCAAGAGGAGGAGAAGACCCGGCAGGAAGGUCUGCGACUCGACCAAAGACGCAUCGAGCAGGAUAUGUUGCGGGAAUCUCUUCAGGGAGGAAUUCCUCCUCCUAUGGUCCCUCUGAUCUUUGCGGGCAUUGGCGGAGGGAACCUUCCGGCUCAUACCUUGGAGUGGGCGCAACAGUAUCUAGCAAGCUUGACGAUCCAGAACCAGCAACAACAGCAACAGAUCCAAGCCCAGCAGCAGCAACUUCAGCAGCAACAACUACAGCAACAACAACAGCAGCAGCAGCAGCAGCAGCAGCAGCAGCAGCAGCAGCAGAUGUCACCGGACAUGCACCGAGAUAGAAUGAUUCAAUCGAAUCCUUACGCAGGACAUCAACCUUUACAAGCACCACCGCCACUUGCGCAAGCCCUUCCAACCGCACAGCCGAGCCAGGGCCGCAGUUCUAUAUCUGGCCCAACACCAGCUACUCCGAGCGCGCUUUCACGACUCAACACCGCUGAUUUUAUCCCCAGUUCCCUCGCAAGCCAGACGAGCCGACAACCACUGCACCACCCGCCGCAACAAGCGCAGACUCCGGCGGCUGAGCAACCAUCUGGCCCGGGACUAUUUUUCCAUCACUGGACUCCGCCAAACCCAUCGUCUUCCUCAGCAGGCAACCAGCCCCCGACGCCCUCGGGCAAAAGCACGCAUGGCUCGCCCUUCUCACAGCACGCAGGAUCACAUCUACGGUCGGAAUACCAAAACUCGCCGAAGAAACGGAAGACGGCGAGCGGGCAUGCAGUGCCUGUGCCCCCUACGUCUCAACCGUCGGAUCCGUCACAGCCCAUGUCGUCCCGGUCGUCUAGAGAACGAGAAAUGAGCCCGGGUCAUCGAAACAGAGCUACUCGGCAUUCACGCCAGAACAGUGAUGCAUCAUCUCGCGAACAGGAGGUGAGCGGUCGCAACAUUGCUAGACCGAGCAGUCGUCAACAGCGCAGGGAUGAGCUCAGUGGCGGAGCGGGGCCCAGCCCAAGAAGGAAAUUGACUGGCUCCUCCACCAGUGGCUCAAGUGAAGACAGUAAUCCUGUUCGGUACGAGGGGGACAAAUCUGAAACGCGGUAA